AUCUGGAAAGCUAAGCGACAAAUGGCGACGAUGUCCACUUACUUCCUCACUGCUGCUACAAAACCCCACUCUCUAACCAUCUUUCCCAAACCCUUCAAAACCCUCCGAUUUGAAUAUCUGACUCCUCCGCCGUCUGUCGUUCUCCCACCACCCACUAAAUUCCGGUGCCGCAAAGCCUCCGUCCCCGUAAUUAGGGCUUCCACCACUAGCAGCAGCAGCAGCAGCAGCAGCACUUGUGUUGAUGUCGAGACAGUCUCAACAAUCAGGCCAGGCGGCAUUGUCGAGAGCGACAGGCUGCCGUCCGACGUGCGGAAGCGAGCGAUGGACGCCAUUGAUUCCGGUGGGAGGAGAGUCACCAUCGGUGACGUGGCGAGCAAAGCGGGGCUCAUGUUGCAUGAAGCUCAAAAAUCCCUCCAGGCUCUCGCCGCCGACGCCAAUGGCUUCUUAGAGGUGUCGGAUGAAGGUGACGUGUUGUAUGUUUUCCCCAUGGAUUAUCGAUCGAAGCUCGCUGCGAAGUCAUUUUGGAUGAGAACUGAACCUCUGUUGGAGAAGGGGAAGAUGGCGGCUAAGAAUUUAGUGAAGGUUACUUUCGGUGCGGUUCUGGUUGCCUCCAUUGUUAUUGUGUUUACCGCCAUUAUUGUUAUAAUGGCAUCGGGUAGUAGUAAGUCUAAGUCAAGAAAAAGUAGCAGAAGCAGUCGAAGGUACGAGGAUACAUCUUCUGAAAAGGAGAAUGUAAGAUACGGUGACGGCGGGAUAGAAUUCUUUAAAUCUGUUUUUUCCUUUGUAUUUGGGGAUGGUGAUCCCAAUCAAGGUAUUGAAGAAACGAGGUGGAAGUUGAUUGGACAGUACAUAGCUUCAAAUGGUGGAGUUGUUGCAGCAGAAGAACUUGCUCCUUAUCUUGAUCUUGAAACUACUAAAAUUAUGGAAGAUGAGUCCUACAUACUACCAGUGCUGCUUCGAUUUGAUGGCCAACCAGAAGUUGAUGAAGAGGGGAAUAUUUUAUACAUUUUUCCAUCAUUACAACGAACUGCUGCUCCUCAGAGGAGUGGGCCAAAGGAGGACGUUGAAAGAAGAUGUCAUCAGCCUGGAGAAGUCAAAAAGUUUCUUAAGGAAACAGAUUGGCAAUUUAGCAAAACCACUGCUUUCAGGAAGGCAAUGGUGAUUGGUUUUGGUGGCCUUAAUCUUGCUGGGGUUAUAUUACUUGGUGCCAUGUUGAAGGAUACGACAGUGGUUGAGAUUAGGUUCAUAUCAUUCGUGUCGGCUAUAUUUCCGCUGCUUCAGAUCUAUGCUGGCUCUUUCUUUGCAAUUCCAUUAGCUCGAUGGCUCUUCGUUCUAAUCACAAAUGGUAAAAUCAGUAAAAGGAAUCAAGCCAGGGAACAUUGCGCCAAGGCACUCGAAUCACCGGAUCUUCCUCUGAGGUGGAAGAUUUCAAGUGCCCGGGACAUGGCCCAGAGGACAUUCAUUAGCGAAGACAGAAUCGUUUAUAGUACUGAGAGGGACUUGCAUGAACAGAAUUACGAUAACCAAGUAUGGGAACGGAGAUUUGAAGAGGUAGUAAAGUCCGAUUAAGAAAUUUGUCGAGAGUCGGUACAUUUUAUCGUUUCUGGAGACGGUAUCGUACAUAUAUUACACGUCACGUGGAGGCAAUAUCGCACUUUUUGUCCCAAUACAUUUUGUAGAUGAUGCAAAGGCAAAAGAACAAGGUAGAUAUUAAACUUUAUUUUCUCCAUAUUGUUG